AUCCUUUCUCCAAUUGAACGGCGAUCAAAAUCCCUUUCUCCGCACUUUUCCACCGCUACGGAUCCGAAAUUUCUUUUUUAUUUUUUUUGUAAUUUCCUCCAAAAUUCCAGCAGUUUCUCUGCUCCAAAGAACGACUAAUUAAUCUUAGAGGUAUUUUUUUUUCAAGUUUUUUUUCCUUUGACUCUUUGGGUUUCGAUUGGAUCGUGCACACCUUCAAUUAAUUGUUAACCUUUCAAAUUUCUUCAAUUAAUUGGAUAUUUUCUGAUUUUUUUAUCUAACCUGCUGUAGUUUAAUUCAAACACUUUGGGGUUUGCAUUUUUUAGGGUUUGUUAGAUUUGGGCAUCUUUGAUUUUUACGGGUAAGUUGAGAUUUGGGUUUCAAAAAUUCCUCUGUUGAAACUUUUUUGAGCCUUUGGAUCAGGGAAUUUAGGUUUACACCAUUCAAUUAAUAGUUUUAGGUUAAAAUUCAUUCAUUUUAUGGCAUUUGAAUGCCAAGAAAGCAAUGAGGUUGUUAAGAAUUCAGCAAAUUGUACUGAAUCAAAUCAUUUUAGUUCCGACCAAUUAACUGAAGAUUUCGAAGUUUCGAAACGGUCAUUGGAUUGUCAGCCUAAGAAGGGAAUUUCAAGUUUUUGUGAUUCAAAACAGUUAGCUCCUAAUGAUGUUUUUUCCAAUGUCCGGCGGUCGAUCACUGAUCUCCCACCAGCCCUAAUAUCAGAAAUUUUGAAUUGUCUUGAUCCUAAAGAGCUUGGUAUAGUAUCAUGUGUGUCGACAACUCUCCAUAAUAUAGCGUCUGAGCAUCAAGUUUGGAAGGAGUUUUAUUGUGAGAGGUGGGGGUUACCGAUUGCCCCGGCACCUUUGGGUGCAGGGUUUUCGGAUGAGAAGUCAUGGAAGGAAUUGUUUGUGGAGAGGGAGUAUAGGAGUAAGACGUUUUUAGGGAGGUAUAGCAUUGAUGUUUUAUAUGGUCAUACUGAAGCUGUUCGAACUGUGUUUUUAUUGGCUUCUGCGAAGCUCAUUUUGACGGCUGGAUAUGACUCGGUUGUACGAAUGUGGGAUAUGGCAGAGGGGUUGUCGAUUGCGUCAUCACGACCCCUUGGUUGUACUAUUAGGGCAGUUGCAGCAGAUACUAAACUAUUGGUUGCUGGGGGUACUGAUGGCUUUAUCCAUUGUUGGAAGGCAGUUGAUGGUCUUCAGCAUUUGUUUGACCUUAAGGGUGUUGAGAAACAGAACACUGAGUUUCGACUUUGGGAACAUGAGGGGCCUAUAACUUCUCUUGCUUUGGACCUUAAUAGGAUAUAUAGUGGUUCUUGGGACAUGACAGUUCGUGUCUGGGAUCGGUCAUCACUGAAGUGCACACAGGUCUUGAGGCAUGGUGACUGGGUUUGGGGCCUUGUCCCUCAUGACAUGACUGUUGCGAGCACAUCAGGUUCGGAUGUGUUUGUUUGGGACACUAAUAGUGGGAUUCUGUUAAAUGUUAUUCACAAUGCUCAUGUUGGUAACACUUAUGCCUUGGCACGGAGCCGCACUGGAGAUUUUCUUUUUACCGGUGGAGAGGAUGGAGCGAUACACAUGUUUGAGAUCAUAAAUGAGUCUGAAGAACCUACUGUUCUCCAGGUUGCAACAUGGUUUCCUCACUCAGGUGCUGUUUAUUCCCUUGCAUUUGAGUUUCCCUGGCUUGUUUCUGCUUCCAGCGAUGGGAAACUUGCACUAAUUGAUGUUAGAAAGUUGUUGAGGGCCAGUAGGCGCUUCUCGGGGAAAAGGGUUUCAAGGGUGAAAAACAUUGACCGAAAUGAUGUAGAGCCACCCCAGAGAAUGCUGCAUGGAUUUGGGUGCAAUCUAUUCUCAGUUGAUAUCGGAGCAGAUCGAAUUGUUUGUGGUGGUGAGGAAGGUGUUGUUCGUAUUUGGAACUUCUCACAAGCUUUUGAAAUUGAGCAGAGGGUCCGUGCUCAAAGAGGCAUACGUUUGGAGAACCGGAUGAGGCGGCGCAGGCUUCAAAUUGAGAUGAAUAGUAAGGGUGGUCGAAGUGAUCAAUGUUCUGUUGCUGCAAAGAAGAAUCCAGUGAAUGGUGUGUGGCACAGUAAACGCAGUAUAAGUUCAAAGGUGAAGACAUAACAGCUUAUAAUACAUACUUUAUGCCUCCAGGUUCCCAACAUAAUCUUCUUUGUUAGAUCAUGACAAAUUGAUACAUAAUAUCUUUCAGAAUGUAUGGUAACUAUAGUCUUCUCUUUUAGUUAGCCUUGGAUUUUAAUCUCAUUUAUAUGAACUUGCAUUUUGAUCUUUU